AUGUCUGUCGACCUACGUAGGUUUGUUGAACGGCUGGUUACCGUAUAUACCGCACCAAAUGACUUUCAGGAAAGUCGCUUCUUACUCAUCCUUAAAUCCAACAUUCCAGUUGGUGUAGAAUUGUGGCUUCAAUAUAAAAAGCGUACCGCCACUGAUUUGUUUCCAUAUGACGAGAAAGCAGCCAAAGAACAAUGGGACAGGUCUCCAACUUCCUCCUGCGGUAUGGAUGCAUUUAUCACAUUAUUGAAUCCAACUUCAUAUAAUACUGUUUUAUUUGAAUGUCUUGCUGAG